AUUGUGACAUGUUUCAUGAUGCAAUUGCCAUACCACUUUCCUAUGUGAAGAACCCUCCUGUCCUCACUGGCAAAACCCAUUGUGAUGUCAUUACUAUUUCCUAAGUAGUCAGAACUUUUCACAGCACAGAAUAAGCUAUGGGACAGGUGCUGUGUAUACAUAAAAAGCAAGUGAAGGUUUCCAGGAGAAAGAGAAAAUUUUUAAGAAUCUUCGUAGAAAAUGAGUGUGGAAUGUGCAUGUUGCCUGGCAACUACAACUUGCCCAGAUUGUCAUUGGUGCAAUUGGUGUCCUUGCUGCCGUUCUCCUUGUUGCUCAGGAUUUGGAAGGUUCAUUGAGAAGCGAUGCAGCAAAGAAUGCAACUUGUGUUGGAGGUUCCUUUGCGAAGAUGAACAGAACUGUGAUUGUUGCUACUGUCCACGUAAUGAAACUAGACAAUGCCAGUGCUGUCACUGCUCAUGCUCAGAAAACCCCAAUUGUCGCUGUUGCUGUUGCUCCUGUGCCAACAACCCAUACUGCAAGUGCUGCUGUUGUUCACCUGAGAAUACAGAGUGCCAGUGCUAUGAAUGCAGAUGCUGCACAUUCACACCCUUUAUGCCUUACAGGCUUCGACAUCCAUAUGGAGAUCCCAAUAGAUUUGUUGCAGCAGGAAGCAGAAAUAAAAGUGACACAUCUAUCAUUUCACUGACUAAAGAUGCAUCAGGACAUGCUUUUCUGGACCAGCUUAUUUGCCCCAUGUGUAAACGACUCUUUCUCCAUCCAUUUAUGCUGCCAUGCAAUCACUGCCUAUGUGAUCGAUGUAUAGUGAAGAGCCAAAUUCAUGCUGAGAUUACAGAGAACUUCUUCAUCAUCACAUGCCCAAUAUGCAGCAAAGCACAUUGCCUCCCACUUGCUAACAAAAUACAGCUGAGGAUCAAUUACCUAAGAGCUCGAUUGGCUAGGAAGUAUAUGCGCCGGGCUGGUUUCCUGAGGUGGAGGUUUGACAAAACCCAUGUGCCAAUCUAUUGCCAAGUUUGUAUUGAGCGGCGCAAGGCUACCAAAAGAUGUAUGACAUGUCAACUGAAUUACUGUAAUAUUUGCUUGAGGUCGUUUCAUCAAGAUAUCUCCACUCAAAACCAUAUGUAUACCAAAGUCAGUGAAGAAUUCUGGGAAGAAAGAAACUGUUUGAUCCACACUGAUGCAAUGCUCUCUAAAUACUGCCUUGAUGACCAUGAACUACUUUGUGAAUUUUGUUGUGAUGCACAGCACAGAGAUCAUGAUACAGUUCUGUUGGCAUCAGCAUGCUCAACAGAGUCUGCUGCACUGUUUACUGCUAUUGCAAAGUUUAAAAAAGUUCGAUAUGCAGUUGAUAAUGAUCUAAUGGAAGUCCUGGUAUUAAAAAACAAUUUUAAAUCUUACAAAGAAUCAAAAAGGAGGGAGAUCAGGAUUGGUUUCCUCAGGUUACGGAGCAUACUGCAAGAACGAGAGAAAGAAAUGAUGGAGGCAGUGGAAAACCUUGAGCUUCAAAAACAGAGGGGGCUUGUAGAGUUUGCAGAAUACACUUCAAACAGAAUUGCUCAGAUGGACAGCCUCAUUCAGUAUUCGAAGGAAGCUUUAAAGGAAAAAAGCCAAAUUGCAUUCCUGCAGUCUGCAAAUUCUUUGAUAAAUGAAAUAGAAGAUGUAAUUGCUAAUAUUUACCAACCUAGCCCAUACCUCACAGAAGAUCCUAUCAAGCAUCUUAAAGUUGACUUUGAGGAAAUUUCAGAUAACUUAAGAAGCAUUUUCCCAUCACUUUCAAUGAAACUAGCUGAUAAAAACAAAUACCCAUACCUAUCCAGUUCUGACGUAAUGUUCCCUGGGCAGCUUUCCAGCACACGCCUUGAAGACCCAUUACGAAUGACUCGAAGUCAGUCUUUAACAUCUUUGACUACAGUGUAUGAUUCAGACCUGAUGGAAAAUGAAUUAUCGUAUAAAUCCAAAUCAUUACCUCCUCCUAAUGUUAGAGAUCAUGGAAUGUACGCAUUUUGGGAUGCAGCAUCAGAAACAGAAGAUGAAAAAGCAACACAAACCUCUAGGAAUCAAGAAGCAUUUGAAGACUCUUCUGCAGUUCCUGGCCUUGUUGUUAUUUACCAAACACUUGUGUAUCCAACUGUUGCUAAGAUUUACUGGACGUGUCCUACAGAAGAAGUAGACAGCUUUGAUGUGGCUUAUUAUGAAGUAAUUGAUGUCACAUCUGAAAAUAUUGUCCAGAUACAGUUAGUAGGAGUACUGACUGAGAUUUUACAACAGAAUCUAGAAAUACAUAAUCUGUCACCUAGUACAGAAUAUCUCUUUAAAGUUCGGGCUGUCAACCGCAAUGGAGCAGGCCAGUGGAGUGAAGUGUGUAAGGUGGUGACACCAGAUGCGCGAGGGAAAGCCAAAGGCAGAUGGGGACUGCUGCGACAUAUUCAGUCUGCUUUCCACAAACAAGUCUGAAGUGUGAAGAAACCAAGUAUUUUUUUUAAAAAAGAGAAAAUGCAGAACUAAGCUACUGGAGAAAAAGCAAUUAUAUUUUCUCAUAUUCUUUUUUUUUUCUUUUUUACUAAAGCUAACUUGCAAGCUGAGAUCUGAGGGUAAACCCUUCAGAAUAAAGAUCUCGUAGCAAAUUAAA